UUUUUUUUAAUUCUCCAGUCCCACUACUUGCACCUCGCACUUUACUCUUUCUCAUCUCUCGCAGCUAGCUUCGAGCUCGCUGAACAAGUGAAGCCAUAGCGGGAGCAGCUACAACGAAGUGAUCCUCCAUGGGCAACACCUUCGGCUUCCGUGGUGGCCUCCGCGCCGACGUCGCCGAUCUGAUGCAGGAUGCUGGCGAACACCUGAGGAGCAGUGGGGUGUUCGUCAAGAGAGCGGUGGCUUCUCAGUACCAAAGCAACCGCACCGGGAACGACGAAAUCGACGAGUCGUCCGCCGAGGAGCUGCGCGACGCGGCGAGCUACGUGCAGCACAACGCGAUGCUGAUCCAGGUGCCGGUGGUAGGGACAGCGAGGACGUUCUGGCGGCUAUCGGACGAAGCCACGAGGAUGAUCAGGAAGCUCGCGUUGAUCCUGAGGAACCACCACUCCGUCUGCAAGUGCCUCGCCGCUCCUCUGCAGGCGUCCAACGUCUGGGUCGGGAGCGCUGGGAACGCCAAGCUAAGGGGGGCGAGGUUCACCGACAAAGGCUUCAGCGUCGAGCGCGUGAGGGAGGACUACAGGAACCUGUCCAGGGUGCUCCAGCAGCUGAUCAGUAUCUCUGGUGGGGAUACCAGCAAACUGCCUCCGGAUUACAUAGAUUUUCUCUCGCUCUUGACGGAGGACAACCUUACAAACAAGGAUGAGUUCUUGGUUGUAAACCAUGCUGCUCUGCUGCCUCUGAAAAACCGUUGUGGUCACAGCACCGAGGCCUUCCUGAUGCUAUACGACAGGAUCGUCAAGUACCUCGGCAAAAGAAACCGAGCGAAGAUGAACAGGAUACUCUCCUGCCUCCCCUACCAGGACGACUGGCUGGACACCGCGACGGCGAAUGCCAAGAUCAACCAGUGGAUUGUGAAUGUCCAGAAUACAAAGGAGUACAGGAAGACUACACUCGAUCUCCUGCGGCUCAACAGAAACGUGAGAAGCCACUUGCACGAGUACGGCCACGACGACGACGUCGAGGAGAUCCUGUACUGUGAGUGGCCCAUGCUGCUCGUCGUCAUGGAGAAGAUGUUGCACCGGGAAGGCGAGCUCCAAGACACGGACAUCGAGAACAAGUUCGGCUAGCCGCUAGCCGGUCUACACUGCAAAACAGAUGAGAUGGAAGGUGUGUUCUGCGUUUCCUGGGGUUGGAAAUGGUGAGCUACUGUUCUUCGAUCUUCUGUGAGAAUGUUCAUGGUGAUGGAGUGACACGCUACCGGUACCUGGUUUGCUUUAUGUAAUAGGCUACCUGCUUUCUCUUGUCCCUUCAACUUGGAAAAGGCAACGCCAGUCAGCUUCAUAAACUGUGGUCUAAAACAUCGCCUUAAAACUUUAAAAUCUUUAUGCUGUAAAGUCGUCUUGUCAUUGAGUUUGCAUUCAUCCUUUAAUCUAAAAUUCUUGUAAAAAAACUCUAUUGCACCAGUUGGGAACCUCCUUCAAAAAGUUUUUCUA